UAGGUGAUGUCUGCUGUGUGAUUUCGCGCGAAAGAGACGCAAUUCCUUGCGCCCGAGAAACGCUGACACAAGUGCACAACCCCGAGUUUAGCGGCCUACUGACUUUGGUGAUUUCAGGUUAAGCUUCAGCCGAACACAAUGGGAAUACAUGGACUCACUAAGCUGAUUGCUGACCAGGCCCCUGGUGCCAUCAAAGAGCAAGACAUCAAGAACUACUUUGGCAGGAAAAUUGCUAUAGAUGCCUCUAUGUGUCUCUACCAGUUCCUGAUUGCAGUGCGACAGGACGGUAACGUUCUGCAGAAUGAGGAUGGCGAGACGACGAGCCACCUGAUGGGAAUGUUCUACCGCACGAUCCGAAUGCUGGAACAUGGCAUCAAACCUGUGUACGUCUUUGACGGCAAGCCCCCACAGCUCAAGUCAGCAGAGCUGGAGAAGAGAGGGGAGAAGAGGGCAGAAGCUGAGAAGAUGCUUGCUCAAGCUCAGGAACUGGGGGAACAAGAGAAUAUUGACAAAUUCUCCAAGCGUCUGGUAAAAGUCACCAAGCAGCACAACGAUGAGUGCAAGAAGCUGCUGACCCUGAUGGGAGUGCCCUACAUUGAGGCUCCAUGUGAGGCCGAGGCCACCUGUGCCGCUCUGGUUAAAGCAGGGAAGGUCUUUGCCACAGCAACGGAGGACAUGGAUGGACUGACCUUUGGGACAAAUGUCCUGCUCAGACACCUCACCGCCAGUGAAGCAAAGAAACUUCCCAUCCAAGAGUUUCACUACAGUCGCAUCCUGCAGGACAUUGGCCUGACCAAUGAACAGUUCAUAGACCUGUGUAUUCUGCUGGGCUGCGACUACUGCGGCACCAUCAAGGGAAUUGGGCCCAAGAGAGCCAUCGACCUGAUCAAACAACAUGGCAGCAUUGAGGAGAUCCUAGAAAACAUUGACUCCAGCAAGCACCCUGCUCCAGAGGACUGGCUGUACAAAGAGGCCAGGGGUUUGUUUCUGAAGGCAGAAGUGGUGGAUUGUUCCACAGUGGACUUGAAGUGGAGUGAGCCGGAUGAGGAGGGACUGAUUCAGUUCAUGUGUAACGAGAAACAAUUCAGUGAGGACAGGAUGCGUAACGGCUGUAAGAAGAUUUUAAAGAGCCGACAGGGCAGCACACAGGGACGACUGGACUCUUUCUUCUCCAUCACUGGAUCGCUGUCCUCCAAACGCAAGGAACCUGAGCUUAAAGGAUCAGCGAAAAAGAAGCAGAAGACAGGAGCCACGCCGGGCAAAUUCAAGAAGGGAAAAUAGAUUGUACAUAGGACUCCUUCUUUAUUUUGGGAAGUAAAUAUAAGCAACAACUAUUAAAUAAAGAGCAUUAAAAAAGAAAAUAGAGCUCCAAGUGACGCAAGAAGAAGCUGCAACACAAUGAGAGGUUGUGUGUUAUGAUUAGUUCAGCUGAACAACUGUUUUUUUGCAAGACCAAACAUGGUGUUAUUAAUUGUUGAAAAGGCAAUUAUGUGUGUUUUAUUAAAGUGUGUGUUCUGUUAUUGAAUAAAAGUUCUGAAGUCUUUU